UUCACGAUUACGCGUCGCCAACAUUUUCAGCGACAAAAUUGGCCCUGUUGCGAUUCUGACGCAUCUAGCGGGCAAAAGAUGGCUACAGAAGAUGAACGAUACCGGAACUCAAGUCAGUUCCGCCUUUGGUCCUAUUCGCCAAAGGCCUUGAAGGAACUGCGAGAGAAGACAAACAACUUGGCCCAACAGCAAAUCAUCCCUCGCCUCGCUGCCGAUGCGCUUCCAGAAUUCCUCACAACUGACGAAGAGAUCCAAUUGGUCAAAUUCUUCACCGUCGAGCUUCUUCGUGCCGCCGAAUUCCUCGACCUGCCCACCGAGAUCCGCGCCACAGCUGCCAUCUUUUUGCGACGCUUCUACAUUACAAACUCUGUCAUGACAUAUCCCCCGGACGAUUUGCUCAAGACAUGCAUAUUUUUCGGCUGCAAGGCCGAGAACUUCUACUACCGACUAAAUAAGCUCGCUGAUGCGCUACCCAACACAACGAGCGAGCAGAUCCUGGCCGGAGAAUUUCUCCUCUGCCAGGGAAUGCGCUUCGCCUUUGAUGUGCGCCAUCCUUUCCGGGCGUUGGAGGGAGCGAUUCUUGAGCUUCGAAACCGUCUACCUGAUGAAGAAAAGCGUAUACAGGCCGCCCACGGCCAAGCCCGACACAUCUUGAAGUUUAGUAGCAUCCUCACAGACGUCUAUUUCCACUUCACACCCAGUCAAAUCAUGCUGGCCGCUCUGCUUAUAUCAGAUCCCGGCUUGGCAAAUGAGCUCAUUCCCACUACCGGUAUUGACAGUGCUAUACGUGAAAAGAUUAUCAGUACUAUCGAGCAGUGCAAAACAAUGCUCCAACAAGAACCACCUGAGAAUAUGAAUCAAUACUCGACUGCCUCUGAUACCAUCAAAGUCAUAAAACGAUUGCGAAAGAAGCUUAGAAAGUGCCGAGAUCCCGAUAGAGCCGACUUGGUUGCUCUACAAAAGGCACGCCGUGAGCAAGCCAUGAACAAGCCUAAACCUAGCAACGGCGGUCAAAUGUUGGCUGAUGCCGCCGUCUUUGGCGAUGCAGAGAGCAGAGAAGCCAAACGCCGGAAACUAGAGGCAGCCAAUGAUAUGUUUGGUCCUGCGCUUGGUUGA